AUGUUUUCUUUAGAGCAACUGCCCGUUGUACCGUUAAAACAAUGGUCGCAUAUCGUUGUAGUGACAAUAUUAUUGAAAUCAACCAAAAGCAAUGUGCUUUUUACCAAACACGGAUCAUUUGGUUAUUUAGCCGCUGUGGCCAUGCCAUUGGAUUUGCCCAAUCGUAAUAUUUAUGUGGCCUUCAAUUUUGAGGCCAAUUAUGGUUUGCCGUCAAAUGAUUCUUACCAUGAAUGGAUUGAUAGGUGGAAUUUAGAUGAGGAGUUGCUGGGCAUUAGUAAUAAUAUAACCGCCAUUGACGGUCGACAAAUGGCGAAAAGUAAACGUACCCCGCAUCGACCGACUUAUUAUGGACGGCACUCAUUUUAUCAAACAUUCGUUGGUUAUUUAAAUUAUUUCCACAUGAAUGGUACGGCAUGUCUACUGAGAACAAUUUGUGAAAUAGCCUCUUCCAAUUUGGACGAAAACAACGGCGUAUUGGGAAGCAUUUUCAAAAUAUUAUUCAUGCCAACAACGUCAGCACGAGAAACUCCAUCUCUAUUAUUAUCAGGUCUUACGCAACACGACCUCUAUCAGGCCGAAUACCGAGGUAGCCAAUCGAAAACUCAAACAGGAAUCACAACUGAUAAUCAUAUGGAUACCGCAACAAACUGUCUAGAUUAUAUGGACUGGUGUCCUGAAGAAAUUAUUAAUAUGAUUUCAACUUUAUAUUAA